GGUGAUAGGAAUAAGUUGUGUGUGUGUUUUUUUCGUCUGUGAUGCUCUUCGAUCGAUUCUCCUGUUCUCAUCAUCUCUCUCAAGAUGGCGGAGUUCAAUCGCUCACUUAGUACCCCUAUAGAAGCCAGAAGCCGAUCUCGAAGUCAUGUUACCUGCCCACGAUGCAGGGUGGACCCUAGUCACAUAUCGCGCCAGUUCUGGGAAACUUCCACACGCCCGGAUCUGAGCAAUACCAGCGUCCAUGAAUCCAGGACCAAUGGAUAUCCGGAUCUGUGCAGGAGAUCCAACCGCUCUUACACUUCUCCGGCAUCCGUUCACCACUAUCAGAAUACCAGAGGACCAGUCAACAGUUAUUAUUCCUCGACGUUGAAUUCGGGACACAUCCGCUAUUCCAGCGACAACCAUUCAACGCGAUCAGCUGGUGAUACAUGGCGGAUCAGAGGUAUUCUCGAGAAUCACCAACCCGACGUGACUCGUCGGGCUGAAUCGAGCAUGGGUAGGUUACCUGAUGUAACGCAUCAUACCCAAGGGAAUGCGACCAUACAGCACGCGAGGACUCGAUCGGUGCCUGUGGGUGGAGUGUAUGAUUCCAGGAUCUCUUCUAAUAGCUCGUACGAUAUCCACCUCCAACAGCAUCCCCCUCAAAUCGUUUCUAGAAGCUCUACUCAAGGCAUCAUAUGUUCCAGAAACAGUCAAGAAACGCAUUCGAAUGCCUCCUUGCCUGCUGCAACCCCUUCCAGCAGCCGUAAUCAGGAUAUUCCUUCUCACCAACCAAGGCAGGAGUUGCGUUCGAACACGUUGGCCACCCCCCAGUGGAAAAGAGACCAACAGGCAUUGAAUGGGAGUACAAGUACUAGUCCUUGGGUCACUAGAAAUGUGCCGAUAGACAGGCCAGUGAGUGCCAAUACUUCAAGUGGUGCCCACUCUAAUAACAAUAACAAUAAUCCCAACAAUUUGACAUGGCCAAGCCAUCAACAAACCAGCAACAAUAGCAGCUGCUGGAGACCUAGUACUGUUACAUCACCUUCACAAAAUGUACUAAAUCAGUGUCCUCUUCCAGAUCUUGUGACUCCUAGGAGACAAGCUCGGAAACAAUGUUGUGGACUAUUAGCAACACAUAGCGUUGCUAUCAGGUGGUUAAUUGUGGUUAUAGCUGCCAUGGGACUUCUGUGUUCAAUUGUUGGGACUAUUGUAGGAGUAGUUAAAGCGACUGGAAGAGAGCAUCUCACAGUAGCACUUCUUUUAAUUGGUCUGGGCAUCGUGCUGGUGUCUAUGAGUGGUGUGGCGUGGCGUCUGACCUCAAGGGAGUCUCCCUCCUGUAGGGCAAUGUUCGGAUUCAGGAGGGCGCGACACGAGCCACACAGGAGGUUCGUGCCCAGGGUACCCCACUAUGGAAGGCCGCACCCCUUUAGUGCAAUGUUAUAUCCAGAUAUCACACUACGACCGCCUCCUCCGUCGUAUCAAGCCUCGAUGCAGGAAUAUCGUCUGCGCCUUCUGUUGAUGGAUAGACAGACACCCCCCACGACACAUCCUCCACCACCACAGCCACCGCCACCUCCACCGGUGUACCGAGGGCCAGCUACAGUUUAUCCCAGAUUUCCUAUGAAUAUUGGCAUCUCGGACUACAGUCGACCGCCCAGCUAUCGCUCUAGGCCGAGCAGUGCAGGUCAACCAAGUCCAGUUGGGCCGGAGGAUGUGGAAUUAAUCAAUAAUCCAUCUACAUCUAGCUCACAUCACCUUCCCAGUGACGUCAUCGCUUCUUCUUUAACGGUCGUCGCGUCCACCGCGCAACAGCAGAAUGUUGGACGUUUAACGCCAUCUGCCGUUACUAAUUCGAACCAUGUCGAGGUUGUUGCACAGGUGUGAUAACAGAUGGCAGCACACUCAACAAAUCUAGGAAAUAUGUGUGGAAUGGAAAGAGAAGCUAUUUGAAUUCGCCUUUUUUCACAUGCUAAACCCCCCU